GUCACUUGGCUUUUAAUUCAAAAUCAGAGAAGUAUUCAGUAUCGACAAUUUCAGUACAUGAAAUAUUCAAAAAAAUUUUAAGUGGCUGAAAAUUUUCCGUGGAGAUUAUUUAACAACGAAAAUUGCAUAAGUGUUAAAUAAAAUUAAGUGCAAUGGAGGUUGGCGUUUCCCUAAAUAACGACCUGGAGGUCCUAAUUUCGGAAGCGUUUUGCAUUUUUGAUACGCAUGGUGAUAAGUACAUAGAUACCCGAAAUGUGGGCAACGUCCUCCGAUUCUUGGGCUGUGUGCCCACUGAAAAGGAGGUUCAAGCUGUGAUCAAGGCCACAGAGUCGCAAGACUACCCGGGCGAGACUCAUUUAACCAAGUUCAUGGGUCACGUCUCCCUCCUCCUAAUGGACAAACAAAUGCAACCGGCGCCGGCUGUAAAGAUUCUCGAGGCCUUUCAGACCCUAGAUCCAGAGAAUAAAAAAUAUCUGACCAAGGAGUAUUUUGGAAAGUUGAUGUCGGAGGAAGGGGAACCUUUUACUGACGAAGAAUUGGAAGCAAUGUGGCCCGUGGCCAUUGAUCCAAUCACUGGAAAUGUUCCCUUUACCUUUUACAUCAACCAACUAAAGCACAAGUCAGAAAUCUAUGAUAUUGCCGAAGUGGUUAAGGAGGAAUUGGCAGAAAAAGCCGAAAAGGAAAAGGGCAAGAAGCCGGCUCCAAUCAUCUUUGCACCUGUAUGAUAGACCCAAAAAGAAUAUUUCAUUAUCAAAAUUAUGGGCAUACAAUAAAGUGCUAUGUUAUUUUUCAGAAUCUAAA